UCCAAACCCUUUGUCUUGUUCUCUCUAAAAGUACCCCACAUGCAUCCCUUUUAUAGCCUCUGUCUAAACCAUGUUUAGUCAAGUUCACAAAACCAGGAUGGAGGAGGAAACUAAGGUACCACUUCUCCUCUCAAAACAUGAAAUUCCAAAAUAUUGGCCAUCUGAUGAAGAUGACAUCCUCCCCAUUAAUGGUAUCAGAAACUUUUUCCGGGAAUUCAACUAUGAGUCCAAGAAACUUUGGUACCUGGCCGGACCCGCGAUAUUCACCUCCCUUUGCCAGUACUCUUUGGGCGCUGUCACUCAACUCUUUGCUGGCCAUGUUGGAACCAUUCAACUUGCUGCUGUCUCCGUUGAGAACUCGGUUAUUAUGGGAAUCGCAGAGGGCGUACUGUUGGGAAUGGGAAGCGCAUUGGAGACGUUAUGUGGGCAAUCAUAUGGAGCAAAAGAGCUAAAUAUGUUAGGGAUUUACAUGCAAAGGUCAUGGAUAAUCCUCAAUACUGCAGCAAUACUAUUGACUCUUAUCAACAUAUUCGCUACCCAAAUUCUAAUGUUAAUCGGUCAGCCCGAAAACAUCUCAAGGUGGGCGGGGAAAUUCGCGUUGUGGAUGAUACCACAAGUGUUUUCAUUUGCUUUGGAAUUCCCAAUUAUGAAGUUUUUGCAAGCUCAGAGCAAGAUAAUGGUCAUGGCUGUUAUAGCCGGUGUUGCAUUUGCUUUGCAUACUUUUUUUACUUGGCUUUUGAUGCUGAAGCUAGGCUGGGGCUUGCCGGCCGGCGCGGCGGUUCUGAACGGCUCGUGGUGGUUCAUGGUCAUCGGAAAACUUUUGUAUAUUUUUUUGGGGAGUUGUGGUGACGCUUGGUCUGGAUUUUCUUGGAAGGCUUUUCAUCAUCUCUGGGAAUUUGUUAGAUUAUCCCUUGCAUCUGGUAUUAUGAUUUGCUUAGAAUAUUGGUACUUUAUGUCGCUCAUUCUGUCUGCUGGAUACUUAAAGAAUGCAGAUAUCGCAGUGGAUGCAACUUCCAUAUGUACAAACAUAGUUGGGUGGACAUUCAUGUUGUGUAUUGGAUUCAAUGCAGCUAUAAGCGUGAGGGUAUCAAAUGAACUAGGAGCAGGGCGUCCAAGAAGAGCAAAAUUCUCAGUGCUAGUGGUCUCAAUCACUUCACUUGCAAUUGGUGCCUUUCUGACAGUCCUACUUUUCGCUGCUCGAAACCACUAUCCAGCUUUGUUUACCAAUAAUUCACAAGUCCAGCAGGCUGUGUAUGAUCUUACUCCUAUAUUAGGAGCCACUCUUUUCGUUAACAGUCUCCAACCUACGCUCUCUGGGGUGGCUAUUGGAGCAGGUUGGCAAGAACAUGUGGCCUAUGUUAACAUAGUGUGCUACUAUUUCUUUGGUAUCCCUUUGGGUCUUUUGCUUACCUUCCUCUUCAAAUUGGGCAUUCAGGGUAUGUGGUAUGGAAUGCUGGUAGGAACUACUUCCCAAACCUCUGUCCUAAUUUGGAUGAUAGCAAAAACUGAUUGGGAAAAUGAGGCUUCUGUUGCUAAUGAUAGAAUUCAAAAGUUGGGAGGACACACCAAUAAUAGCUAAGAACCACCCAAAGUAGCUCUCUUGCUACAUCUUUUAAAUUUCAUUUUUCUUUUUUCUUUUUUCUUUUACUCCUUUUCAUCAUAUCCUUUUAUUUUUCUUUCCAUCCUAUCUUUUGAAGCAAAUAUCUCUCUAGGUAGAAUUUGUCUUCUACCAAUUUAGGGCUGAAAUUUAUUGUCCACUUAUACGGUAAGAAUUUCAGUUUGUCUACGUAUAGUGAGAUAAAUUUAUGGAUGGGUGCCCAACUUUCAGUUUG